GCGAACUACCAUAUCGCAUUUACCUUUGUACGAAACAGGACAGAGCAGCACGGAAAGCUAAAUACACGAAUAUCAAGUGGAAAAAAAAACACUUGAAAACUACAACAGCCAUAAGACAUUCUUCUUUUUACUCGUUAUAACAAAACCAUUUGUAUAAAAAAAAGUUGUGUCGAGCAAUGCUUCCAUUGUCCAUGUUCGCCAUUCGUACGAGCAACAGCGUGCUGAAGAAAACCACACAAUUUAUUGCAUUUCAAAAUAACCAGCGAUUUAUUACAACUACAAAAAUGGUUCAAAUUAAAGUUGGUGACAAGAUCCCAAGUGUUGAUUUAUUUGAAGAUUCACCGGCAAACAAAGUAAAUAUCGCUGAUUUGUGUGCCAACAAGAAAGUCGUUUUGUUUGCUGUGCCAGGAGCCUUUACUCCAGGUUGUUCAAAGACCCAUUUGCCAGGCUAUGUUGAAAAGGCCGAAUCGAUUAAAUCGAGCGAUAUCGAUGAAAUUGUUUGCGUUUCGGUAAACGAUGCAUUCGUAAUGUCAGCAUGGGGAAAAGAGCAAAAUACAGCUGGUAAAGUUCGCAUGUUGGCCGAUCCAAGUGCAGCAUUCACAAAAGCAGUGGAUUUGAGUGUUGACCUGCCGCCAUUGGGUGGACUUCGUUCGAAACGCUAUUCGAUGGUUGUAGACAACGGUGUUGUUGCCGAAUUGAACGUUGAACCAGAUAACACUGGUCUCUCUUGCUCAUUGGCUGAUCGUCUUAAGCUCAAUUGAACACACCGCCAACACAACAAUAGCACCAAAAAUAACCAAAUAAAAAAAACACGAAGCUAUGAACUGACCCUAUCAGAAUGUUGGGAUAGUCAACAAAACUAUAUCAAAACCAAUACAAUUGGCUUCUUUUCGAAAGUAAUUCUCUUCUGGCCUUACCUGUACUCCCAUAUUUUUUAGUCAGUCUUUUGUAUUUGUGUAUAUCAAAUAAACACGCAUGCAUUUAAUUGGAAAA